GGUGGCCAACCCUUGCCCGCCCACCCCCGAGCCGCCCUUUUGGAAAAUGCCCCACAAAGAGGAGGAUUUGAUGCACGGGGGCGGUAUUGGCGGGGGUUCUAUGGUCGGUCAGAACUCAAUAUUUGGGUGCUCGGCAGCAGGACAUAGUGGGGUGAACCAGCUUGGUGGUGUUUACGUCAAUGGCCGACCAUUGCCAGAUUCAACGAGGCAAAAGAUUGUGGAAUUGGCCCACAGUGGUGCAAGACCGUGUGACAUAUCCAGAAUACUCCAAGUCAGCAACGGAUGUGUCUCAAAAAUUCUCGGAAGAUAUUAUGAGACUGGCUCGAUAAAACCUAGAGCGAUAGGAGGCAGUAAACCGCGAGUUGCAACGACACCAGUGGUGAAUAAGAUCGCGGAUUACAAACGUGAAUGUCCCUCGAUUUUCGCUUGGGAAAUACGGGACAGAUUGCUGCAGGAGGGCGUAUGUAACAACGAUAAUAUACCUAGUGUGUCCUCCAUCAACAGGGUGCUAAGAAAUUUGGCUUCUCAGAAGGAGCAGCAAGCAGCGGCUGUUCAGGUACAUCAGGGCGCUGAGAGUGUUUACGAUAAAUUGAGGAUGUUCAAUGGACAGGCAACUGGAUGGCCACCAGCGUGGUACUCAGCUACACCCUCUCAUCAUCCAUUGGCAGCUGGAAUGCCAACAACAGCGGCACCUGGAUCAGGCCAGUCACUCAUACCUGGUGGACAACUCCACGCUCGUGAUGAUUCCCUUCUCAAACGAUCCGAUGCUGGAUCCCUAUUGUCCCAUCAACAGGAGACAACGUCGGACGGUAAUUCUGAACACAAUUCAUCCGGGGACGAGGAUUCACAAGUACGACUCAGACUGAAGCGCAAACUCCAGCGCAAUCGCACGUCAUUCUCCAAUGAACAGAUAGACGCCCUGGAAAAAGAAUUCGAGAGGACACACUAUCCGGAUGUGUUUGCACGGGAGCGUCUCGCCGAGAAGAUUGGAUUGCCUGAGGCACGUAUCCAGGUUUGGUUCAGUAAUCGUCGGGCUAAGUGGCGACGAGAGGAAAAGUUACGGAAUCAACGACGCGCCGCUGUGGAUCAAGUGGUUGGUGGUGGUGGUGGAGGUGGAGGUAAUGGAACAGCGCCACCUGCAGCAACACCAGCGACACCUAGAAUACCAUUAAAUGCCGGGUUCAAUGCCAUGUACUCGUCCAUACCCCAACCGAUUGCAACAAUGCCGGAUACUUAUAGUUCGAUGACGAGUAGUCUCGGUGGAUCGAUGGGCAGCAGUUGUCUGCAGCAACGUGCUGAAGGCUAUCCAGCUUAUGUAUUUCACGAACCUCUGCACAGUCUGACUCAGUCGUAUUCGCAUGCUCAUACGACAGCAGCACAUUCACAGCCUCAUCGGGGUAUACCCACAUCACAUGGGGGCACUCCAAGUACACCUGGAGGUCAACCCACUGGACCAGGAGCAACGCCUUAUCAGCCAACUACCUCCACAGCCACUGGAGUUAUAUCAGCGGGUGUGUCGGUGCCAGUGCAGAUACCAUCGCAGACACCGGAUUUAGCUGGUAACUAUUGGCCUCGACUUCAGUGAUCCCAGCUAUUCGGGUUCCCGCCUGCGAGUCUUCUCGUGGGCCAGGAGAGCCCGCCUCCAGGACCACCAACACCUAAUGCGGUAUCCAGACCGCUUCUUGCUUCGCUCGGUCUACCACAGUCAUUACCAUCUUCAAACCUUCCAUCAUCAAACACCAUUGGCCAGAGUGGACAUCAGACCAGUACACCAGCAACACCAGUCACCAACUCCGAUGCCAGUGAGUGAAUCAAAUGAGAAUCAUUGGGGAGUGAGGAAUUGACGGAUUGUCGUGGGGAAAUCAUCAGGUUUUUUUUUGUAUAAAUGGGGGUUUGGGGACACCCGGGUCAUGCAGGGUUCUAUUGAGAAAGUUCAAACCCGAUGGACCAUUAAUAAAGCUGAAAUUAAUCAGUAUAAUUGUUUUUUUUUUUAAAUCUGUCUCUCGGUUAAAAUUCAGGGUAUUUUGGGGUGGCCUCGGGAAUUGUUGGAUCAACUGGUGAGGGUUUGACUCAAGUUUUUGUGAAGGGGAGAUUGAUUGGGUGGGGAGGAUCGUUAGGGUUCAGAAUGUGGUGUCUUAGUGUGCGAGGGGAUUAAUUCGAGUCGCAAAAUAUUUUGAGUCGAGUUUAGGAAUGGCGAAUUUUCAUGAGAUGCAGAUGAACUUAAACGAUCAGUGCGAAAUUCUGAGUGAAAGCUUGACGCAAGUUUUGCAAAAUUGUAGUUACCAAAUAAUUCAUUUGCACUCGAGAAAUUGUGAUGGAUGUUCUGAAAACAGCGAUAAACUUGACUCAAAUAGAUAAUCGACAUCCGCGCGUCUGAAGUUAAUGAUGAAAAAUAAUUGAAUCAAACCGGAAACCUCCACUCAAUAUCGAGAUAAUAACUGAAUGUUUUCCUUUCCUCGAUCUCAUCCAAAAUGAAUUUCACGCCGAACUACUCUCAAAAUUUGAAUUCCUCUCCGAAUCAAUUCGGGAAUGCGCUGUUAGAAUUUUUUUUAAAUUCCAUGAAAUAUAUAUGAAAGAAAUAAAAAAUGAAUUCAAGUCCUCAAUAUAAUUCGUGGGAAUUCAUGACUUAUUUCUGAACUCGAUUGAAUUUCCAAUGAAACCUGAAUAUUCAGUACGAAAACUAUUUUCCUGGCAUACUCUAUCAUUGGAUCAGAGAAACAAUAAUAUAUAAUUUAAAAGCAUUUCCAGCAAUUUAUAAAACUGAAGAAAAAUAUUAAUAACAGUGAAUUAAUUGUUUUUCUGCGUGAAGUCUUGAGUGUAACUAAAGGAGGAUUGACUAGGAGAUCGAUUGUUCCGCGAGUUUAAUGUCUUUGCGUCGUAUGGUAAUUGCAGAGUUAAGGAUGUGUGGGAUGUCGGGAGAAGAUAACUCGAAGAGAGAAAUUGUGAGGGAAAAAGGGAGGACAGAGAGAAUUUGGUUUGGCAAGUUUUCUACCGACGGCUGGUGGUAUUCUCGAGAGGUUUGAGAGCAGAACGGGGUGGCCAUUGGGGAGAAGAGGGUGAGUUGAGCUCACUGGGAUGAGCUGUUUUCGGGGGAUGAGACGAAAGAGGGUGGCAGAGGAUUGAAUGGGAUGAGAAAGAGGGCUGGAGGUAGUUUGCGGGGGGUUGGUUUGAUAGCUGCCUCCGAAGGGUGGCUUCCUUGGGGUCGGCCAUCGCGCUUCUCAACGAGAUAUGGCGCCGUAUCCCAACUGUCGUA